AAUUCCAAGGCUGUUUCAGUAAUUCUAAGUGCACUAAUUGCAUGUAUAAAAUCUUCUUGGCUUCUCAUUUCUAAUGCACACUCACUAGAUUCCUCACUUACCUCCUGGCUGAAGUUCUAACUUUGAGGCAUGGACUUCACUGCCACACUCCUCUUUUUUGCUCUUCUCAUCUCAACCGUCAGGGCUUUAGACCCUUGUGCCUCUCAGCCAGAUAACUCAGACCUGUCAGUCAUUCCAAUCUAUGGCAAAUGUUCACCAUUCAACCCACCUAAACCUGACUCAUGGCUCAACACAGUCAUUAACAUGGCAUCCAAAGACUCGGCAAGAGUCAAGUACUUGUCCAGCCUGGUGGCCCAAAAGACCACCCCUGUUCCAAUUGCUUCAGGGCAACAGGUUCUAAACAUUGGCAACUAUGUCGUAAGGGUCAAGAUUGGCACUCCAGGUCAGCUAAUGUUCAUGGUACUGGAUACUAGCAAUGAUGUUGCUUGGGUUCCAUGCUCUGGAUGCACCGGGUGCUCAGCUACCACUUUCUCACCCAACACUUCUUCAAGCUAUGGUUCAUUGGAUUGCUCCUUGCCCCAGUGUGCCCAGGUCCGUGGACUGUCAUGCCCGGAUACGGGGACUUCUGCUUGCUCUUUUAACCAAUCCUAUGGUGGGGAUUCAUCCUUCUCAGCCUACUUGGUACAAGAUUCCUUAAGAUUAGCCAAUGACGUUAUCCCAAAUUAUGCUUUUGGAUGUAUUAACACUAUCUCUGGUGGGUCAGUCCCAUCCCAAGGACUCUUGGGUUUGGGGCGGGGGCCCAUGUCAUUGCUUUCGCAAUCCGGGGCACUCUAUUCAAAUGUUUUUUCAUAUUGUCUACCCAGUUUCAAGUCAUACUACUUCUCGGGUUCCCUCAAACUCGGGCAGGUGGGUCAGCCCAAAACUAUUCGGACCACCCCGCUCCUAAAAAACCCGCACCGGCCCUCACUUUACUACGUUAACCUAACCGGGGUCAGCGUAGGCCGGGUUAGGGUACCCAUCGCCCCGGAAUUACUAGCAUUUAACCCGAACAGCGGGGCGGGGACCAUAAUUGACUCGGGUACGGUUGUAACCCGAUUUGUCCAACCCUUAUAUGAGGCAAUCCGAGAUGAGUUUGUGAAGCAUGUGAAAGGCCCAUUUUCAAGAAUAGGAGUAUUUGAGACAUGCUUCGACGCAACAGCAGAAGCUGAGACACCUUUAAUAACAUUACAUUUUGAAGGCUUGUCCAUGACAUUGCCAAUGGAAAACAGCCUCUUACAUACCAGUGCAGGAUCACGCGCUUGCUUGGCCAUAGCACCAGUUCCAAACAAUGUGAACGCCGCCAUGAAUGUAAUAGCCAAUUUGCAGCAGCAGAAUUACAGGAUUCUGUUUGAUGUGGCCAAUUCUCGCUUGGGAAUUGCUCGUGAAGCUUGUAACUAGUUUCAUUAGCUUUAUCAUUAUUGCUCUUUCUUUGCCUUCUUGUGCUUAAGGCUAAGCUUUAGAUAACAGUAAGUUUAAGUUUUUGCUUGUGAAAAAGGAAUGCAAGCAGCUUCAUUAUGAGUGGUCUUUGUCCUGUUUUUGUACUUUUUAUAGGAGAUCAUGCCUAGUUUUAGAGCCUGUUUUGCCUGGUUGUAGCCUUCUUUAGCUCUUUUCUAAGAUGUGGUGAGGUUCAUUGGAUUGUCAAGUUGUCUAAUCAGAAAACCAAUUAUUG